AUGACCGACGAAAAUGAUCAAAAGCUGGCUGCCGAGUCGGCCCAGGUGCGGAGGGAGGGAGACAAGUUGCAAACACAGCUUACCAAACUACAGAGGAGUUUGCUGCUUGUUAGGAAUUCCAGCCAUAGGAGUCCAUUGGGCUGCCCUCAGCUGUUGGCGGAUACCGAACGGAUGAAUUGUAAACGGCCCAUCAUCACGCAGUCGCACGUCUUACCCAUCCUCGGUCUCUCCAGUCCCAUCAGUAACGGGCCCAAACCCAGGCACGCCGGCACCAGACUCAACUACAAGGCUCAAUCAAUCGGGUCCGACCAGGCGUUUUGA